ACCCCUCGCGAGCGGGGGCGGUGUGAGGGGCCCGUAAUCAGCAGUACGCAGAGUGUGUACGGGCCCGCCAUGCCCGCAUUCCCUCCUUCGCAGCCGGAUCGAGUGAACGUUAUCCCAUUAAUACAAAACUUUCGAACUUUUCUUGUGCAAAAUGGUGCUUGCCGACUUUCUUUCUGAAACGAGAAGACGCUGGUUGAAGGCCUUCAAGCUAUUCAAAGGCAACAAGCACCGCAAGAGCUCCCGCAACCGCGUGUCUCCCUCUCUGGUUCGCUCACCCUCGUACAACGGCACGGUCGACGCGCGCUCAGAAAUAGACGUGCACAAAUUCUGUGGCUGCCGAACUUCUUUACCGCCACUGACCAACGAGACCUCACACUACAACAGCUACAACAGCUCCAAUAGCUCGCGGAUCGACAGCCUGGAUAGCUACCGGACAAACGAAUCGCGAACGGAUUCAGCUUAUGACUCGGCCAGGAGUAGUCCGGCGCGCGUCUGUCACGCCACCGUCACGUACUUCAACGUGAACGAUAGCGAGGACAGCAGCAGCGUCCGCACGGAGUACACCCUGCUCGACGACGCGGACCGCGACCUGGAACAGGACGAGAGUACGCAAAAUAUCAUCAACGAAAGCCUGGAGCUGGUCAGUACAUUAUGAACAACGUGCGGACGGAUAUCUUUAGAAACUUUAUGUGGUGUAGCAUCUACUUCGGUUAUCGCUAAUCAUUGGAAUAAUUAAACUAAUUUUACGGUUUAAUCUUGGGCCAUUAUUAUAUUAUAUUAUUUUCAACGUUUGAUUAACUUCAUAGUUUUCGUGGUUACGGACGGUCUGAAAGUAAAAUACGUUUAGUUUAGUUUAGUUUAGUUUGAAAUAGGUUAGGUUUAGUAAAAUUUCUGUAGCGUUUUUUAAGAUUUUUUUUACUAAUUUAUACGGUACAUAUUUUGGUUUUAUUUGUAUUUCAUAUUUACGAUAAAACGAUUCAAUUAUAUGUCUAUUUAGAUUAAUUUAGAUUGACCGUAUAAAUAACUAACUUGCACUAAAAAAAAGUUUUGGAAUAUUCUUUGAUAUACUUUUUCGCCUUUUAAGAAAACUACACCCCGGAUACAAAUAGUUAUAAACGUGCAUAAACGACAUAAAAUUGUUGAAAUAUAUUUAUAGUGUUCUCAUAGCUACAAUUCUUAUGUGAUUUCAAAGUCAUCAGUUUUGAAUAAUUCCAGAAUAACUCUACAAGUAAAUCUCUUUAUAGUUUUUUAAUCCCUAUUUUAGCUGACUUAAAAAAUAGGAAAGUUUAUGCUCGAGAGUGUGUUUUUAUGUACCAAUUUCUGGACGUCAUUUUCUUUGUCAUUUGUGAUACAUUUGUAAUUGACGAAAGGGAUAAUGUAUUUUUAUUCGAAGGAUUAAUCGAGCUAUUUCACUAUUGACGAUUUGUUUUUUUAAAUUAUAUUUUAUAAGGAAACUAACAUCUUUAUAAAGUUUUCUAAAAUAUAUAAAUGAACUGUAAAUUGAACCUGUGUGAUACAAUUAGAUGCGUAUUUAGCGUUUAAAUUUCAUGUUAACUUUAAAAUCAAUAUAAAACAAAAUUAAACUUAAGUUAUGAUAUAGAUUUCAUAGAAUUAAGUUUUAUUAAAUUAAUUGAAUAUAAUAUACAUGUUUAGUUUCGUAAUAAGAAAACAAAAAUACAGCACAAAGAGAAUGCCAAAUAUAUUUUUAACACUGAAAAGCUAAGUUUGUAAAUAUUUUUCUAUUAAAUAAAUCUUUAAAUAUAUCGAUGUUAAA